AUGGCUGCGCAGGUGAACUCGUCUUCACAACUAGAUGCCUUGAUUCAGCAGGCUACUAGUGAACAUAUUCCGAAUGGUGAGAUAGACUUGGCACUCUCAUUAGAAAUCUCCGAUGUGAUAAGAUCGCGAAGAGUUCCUCCGAAGGACAGCAUGAGAUGUUUGAAAAGAAGGAUAAUAGCAACGCGUUCCAAUCCAAAUUCAAAUCUAUCCUCUUGGAGGCUGGCUGAAGUCUGCGUGAAAAACGGCGGUAUCCCAUUCAUAAAGGAGGUCUGUUCUCGUGAGUUCAUGGAUUGUCUAGAGUAUGCUAUCCUGGAGAAUGACUCAAAUGAAGAUAUCGAGUCUGUUUGCACUAAUAUGCUCCAAAAUUUAUACGUGGCUUUCAAAAAUGACUCGCAGCUCAAUUAUGUCUCCAAAGUUUAUCAGAGACUUGUUACACGCGGCGUGGAAUUUCCUCAGGAAACUUCAGUUCCAUCAGAAUCUGCAACUGCCAUGUUUGAUUCAAAAACACCCGCAGACUGGAUUGAUUCAGAUGCAUGCAUGAUUUGCUCCAAUAAAUUUUCUUUGUUGAACAGAAAACACCAUUGUCGCUCUUGCGGUGGCAUCUUUUGCCAAGAGCAUUCGUCCCACACAAUACCAUUACCAGACUUAGGAAUAUACGAACCAGUCCGCGUCUGCGACAAUUGCUAUGAUGAUUAUGACUUGAAGAGACAGUCAGGAAAAAAGCACCGGCGAAAGAGGAAGGGUCAUAAAGGAUCAACGGAAACCGAAGAAGACGAAGACCUUAAAAGAGCUAUUGAAUUGUCUCUUCGCGAAUCUCGUCAUCAGGAUACAGCUGUUCCUGUUGUUCCGGUGGUUGAUAAGCAGAAUUCGGCUGCUAAUGAGGAAGAAGAUGCGGACUUGAAAGCGGCCAUCGAAGCAAGCUUAAGAGAGGCAGCAGAGGAGAAGAAGAGAAGAGAAUCAGCAGCGCAUCAACCAGCGAUGGAUUAUCAAGUUCCGGCUAUCAGGUCUCCGCAAUCGCCAAAUGAGCUUACAACUGCGGAAGAGGAUGAUAUCCAGCUUUUCGCUUCUUUAGUUGAGCGAAUGAAGUCUCAACCGGUAACUGCAGUAUUAGAAGAUCCUCAACUUCAGCAGCUGUAUCGAAAGGUCAUCCGAACGGGACCAAAACUCAACGUUGCCUUGAACGAAACUGUCACUAAAUACAAUACUCUGCUGCAGAUGAACGGCAAAAUAUCUGACAUCAUGAACAUAUAUGAUUCUCUGUUAGAAAAACAACUAAGAGAUAUUAAUCUUAGCCAACAAUAUUCGGUACCACAGCUUCCUUCUGAUCCUUAUGCCUAUUAUAAUGUUGCCCAAGCUAAAACCCAGGAGCAGCAGGCGUAUCCUUCACCUCACCAACCCCAAGCAUAUGCGCCGCAGCCACAAGAUUCGCAACAACUACCUGUCUAUCAAAAUCAGCAAUACAAUCCUCAACAGUUUGCUUCUCACAAAUCCAACCAACGAAUUGAAACGCAGCCGUAUGCUCCUUCCUCGCAGCAGUUAUCAUCACGUUCGCAAGCACAAAAAUAUUCUCAAGCAGAGCAAUCACAAUCCUAUCAUUCUCAGCAAUAUCCAUCGAACAAAGAAAUGCAUUCGCAGUUCCCAUUGAAUCAGCAAUCACUUGUAUCACCUCCAAUUAAUCAUUCUGAACAGUUGCAGAAUUUAGCUUUCUCGUCAGGCCUUUCACAAGCUAACUCUCAUCCUUCAAUAACACCUUAUCCUCAAGAAGAGCAGCGACCAGCAGAAGUUUUAUCUGUACCAUCAGAACCACCUUAUCCGCAAGACCGCGAAGAAAAUAUCUCUGCUGAACUGCCAUCUGAUCCUCCGUAUCCAACGGAUGACGUGCAUCGCGCAGAAAACAAUAAUGGCGACAAGAGUAAGAACGGUAUCACAAACUUUGACUUUCCUACCGUUCCUGUGCAAAAGCCAUCCUUGGAUGGAGAGAUAAGCGAAGAAACGCAACAAGAAGUUGAAUCUGAUGAACCUGAAGAAUUGCUCAUUGAACUUUAA